GUUUAUAGAUUGACAAUUUUUCAAAAAACUGCUAAUUUUGUUUUGAAAGAAGUUGCAUGUCAAAUCCUCUAAUACCUUUCAAGUUCAGCUCUAAUUUACCUAUCCUCAGCAGAGGGCACAAAACGAAAUUCCUUGACUGAAUCGGAGUGUUCUUCAUAAUUAUAACGAUGCAGCGAUUUUCCAGGAUGUGGGUACAGAUUAAAAGUCUGAAGAAUGGUCUUGUAACAGUGUUGUUUGUGGUUGCCUUUAUUUCUGUUCUUGUUUAUAUUUCUUCCUUCUGGAGUGGCACUAUUGAGUUCUCUGGUAUUACCUCCCACAACCCACCUCAAGAAAUCAUAAUCCCUCUGAAUUGCAGCAUCAAGGACCAAGCACAAACUUGUCCAUCAAAUUACCCAAAAAAUUUCCGAACAAAAAGCCAUGGCAACCAAUCAUCACAGCAGGCUACAUGCCCGGAAUAUUUUCGCUGGAUCCACGAAGAUUUAAGGCCCUGGAAAAGUACAGGAAUCAGCAGGGAGAUGGUCGAAAGAGCUAAUCGGACGGCUCAUUUUCGUCUUAUAAUUGUUGACGGCAAGGCAUAUAUCAAGCAAUUCCGAAAGUCCUUUCAAACAAGAGAUGUGUACACUAUAUGGGGUAUCGUUCAACUUCUCAGGAGGUAUCCUGGAAGAUUACCAGACUUAGAGUUGAUGUUUGACUGCGAUGAUUCGCCGGUCAUCCGAUCAAGCGACCAUGGUGGACGGAAAUCAACAACCCCGCCGCCAUUAUUUGCCUACUGCGGCAGUGAGUCAACCAUGGAUAUUGCUUUCCCCGAUUGGUCGUUUUGGGGAUGGGAGGAGGUAAAUAUAAAACCAUGGUACAGUUUGUUAAGAGAAAUUAAAGAAGGGAACAAUAAGACAAAAUGGAUAGAUAGGAUACCGUAUGCUUACUGGAAAGGAAACGCUUACUCAGGCUCUAAGUCUAGAAUAGACCUUCUCACAUGCAAUGUCUCCGAUCAACAGGAUUGGAAUGCUCGAAUUUAUAAUCUGGAUUGGAUCCAGGAGUCUAGUCAGGGCUUUAAGCAUUCAGACCUAGCAAGCCAAUGCACACACAGAUACAAAAUCUACAUAGAAGGAAAUGCAUGGUCCGUUAGUGAGAAAUACAUUCUAGCCUGUGACUCUAUGACCCUGUUCAUAAAUUCCAAAUACCAUGAUUUCUUCACAAGAUAUAUACAACCUAUGAAACACUACUGGCCAAUAAGGGGAGACAAGAAGUGUAAAUCCGUCAAGUUUGCUGUAGAUUGGGGUAAUUUUAAUAAAAAAAAGGCACAAGAGAUUGGGAAAGCAGCCAGCAAAUUUGUUCAAGAAGAACUGAAAAUGGACUACAUAUAUGAUUACAUGUUUCAUUUACUAAAUGAGUAUGCAAAGCUUUUGAAGUUCAAACCGACGGUGCCUGAUGGAGCUACGGAGGUAUGCUCAGAGACAAUGGCUUGUAGGGCAAAUGGGUUGCAGGAGAAGUUCAUGAUGGAAACAUUGGUGAAGGGUCCUUCCAUUACAGAUCCAUGCAACUUGCCUCCAGAUGACACCAAAGUUGUUGAUUCUUUCAAUAGGAUAAAGUCUGAUGGAAUGAAGCAAGAGCGUAACUGGGAGGAUAAAUACUGGGAAAGUCUCGAUAUACUGCGCAAAAACUAGAUGUAUGUAACAUUUUACACUCUUAUUAUUAGUCUGUUAGUGAAAAAAAUGUAUAACAUAUCAUUAAAAAAACCAUCAACUAAUCUACUGAAGGAUUGGUACACACAUAAUUUGAAUCCACAUCUGUUAUAUGUGUUUCAGAAACCCAGAAACAUGAAUCAGUCAAAAAGAAUGAUAGAAACAAUAA